AUGAAACUAACUAUUUUCCUCUGUACUCUUCUAGUAAUACCUUUAUUUGCUGAACAUCAAAUUAACCUGUAUCCUGUGUAUAACAAAUUAAAGCAACGUACCGGAUAUGCUUUAAAUGUGAAUAUUGGUAAACCGGGAAAAGAAUUCCGUGUCCUUUUGGAUACCUUAACAUCACUUCUUUGGGUUCCUGGAACUGAUCGCAUACAUCCAUUCUGCUACAAUAAACAAUUUUAUUCAAAAUUUGAUUCAACUUCAUGUACUACAACAUUGUGUACCAGUAUGGCACAAUGUUAUGGGAUAAGAGGAGUUAAUUUAUGGAGUUGGAAUGAUGAUAUUUUGAUUCAUACAUCAGAUGGAAAAAGCGUAAAUUUAUUAAAUUCACCAUUCGGUACGCUGUGCUUCUUAAGUUGGCCUGAAUGGGAAAAUUAUCAAGAAAUUGAUGGAAUAUUUGGUUUAUCAGCAUUGCAUACUGAUCGCUUAUUAGAAGGCGUCUUUGGCUUUUUUCCGCUUUUAGACAAAGAUGAAUCUGAUAAGACAGCGACAUUAACGCUUGGCGGACGUAACAGUAUGUCAUGCGAUUUGAGCAAUGAAAAGUAUGAGCCACUUCACUUUCUCGGAAAUCGUUAUAAUUUUCAAUUUCUGGCCGUUAAAAUGGGUUAUACGGAGUUUAUCAAAUUAGGCAUUACGCUUACUUAUCCAAAUACAAUGGACCCAUAUAUCACUGUCCCAGAUGAAUUUAUGAAAAAAAUUGCUUACGAUCUCGGUGCACAGACGGAUAUAAGAACAGGAAAAUAUUUGGUAGAUUGUAAACAAUCAUUUAAUCCAUUUGAAAUUUUCACCGCUGAAAACAAAUACAUCAUUGAGCCAAAAAAUUUUAUUAUCAAACAUAAUCCGAAUGAUAUGCAAUGUGAACUUGCAUUCCGAAGCUUUAGAGGUUUUGAGCAGGAAGUUAUGCUCGGAUUACCAUUCCUUCAUCAGUACUGCAUGACGGUGGAAGCACGUGAAAAACGUGUUUACUUCGCUCCGAUAAUUUAA